CAUGUCGGGUGUACCGUGUACGUCAAUACAAACAAGAAAGAAACAUACGAUGUAGACGGCUGUGUAUCGUACAUGUUGCCGCCGCCCGGCAGUACCGCUCCGUUUGCUAACAGAGCUCCAUAUGUCCGAGGCCGGUCGCGGUGCGUUUCUCGCCUGUAAUCCGGAGCGUUAUUGCGGAUAGUGUUAGAUUAUUGAUAUUUAUUUUUGCGAAAGAAUACGCUGUCGUUCUGAAGUGCAGUGCGCGAUGAUUCUGUGAAAUAUGGUCGGGAGCUUCUCCAUCGAUUCGUCGACAGUUUAGAUUCAUUCCAUAAUCUACGAUCUGAUAAAGGCCAUUUAUCAAAAACUGUGCCGAUAAAAUGUGAUCGAGUUACGCUUUAUGGGACACGCGAAAACAAAUCGAACAUGACGUCCAUGGGUAUCGAUUAAUUUUAAAACUUAGUAUAUAUUCGGGCAUCGGUUAAAAUGCCUUCCAAUAGCCAGGAAAUAAACGUAGACGUUAAUUCGAACGAAAAUGGUGGUGGUGCUUUCAGAACCGAGCCCAAGGAAUUUAAGAUGGACGAAAUCACGUACGAAACCAAAGAUGCAGUCGAUGCAGACGCGAGUAAUGCCCCCGGUGGGCUGAACUCCGAUCAAAGGUUAGCGUUCGCGCUCAGAGACUUUUUGAGACCGGCGGAUAGCGCGCUGAUAGUGGAGACCCCGGCUCCCACAGUAGAGGAGAAGCUGCCCUACAUCGACGAGGUGGUGGACGUCGACAACGCGGUGCAGUCCGACGAGGAGCCGACGACAUGCCCCGGCACCGACGAGGUGCUGAACAACGCGGCGUGCAGGCUGAGGAGAUGGCGCGCAGCAUCCAGGAAGCUCCGACGACCGCGAAUUAUUAACAAUUUAAGUGCGAACAAUGACAGUAGCGGCGCCGUUAAAUCUAGUCAAAGUGGCCACACGGACCUGGCGGACAGGCUCCGGAACCUGGCGUCAGCCGGGAGCCUCUCGGCAUCAGCUGGCGAGCUGCUGUCGCUGGCGCCGCCCCCGCCCGCCGCUACCGCCCCGCCGUCUCCCGGCUGUCUCUUGACGCCUACACUCGCGGAUCAAAGUGCAGCUGAAUAUUUUGGUUCGAGUCCAGAAUGCUGCGUAGAGUCUAGUCCAAAGAACGAUACCUCGGCUGGGUACCCGGGCCCGCCGCCAGGGCCGAGGUACACCUUGGCCACCGAAGGAGCCCUCAGAGUCUGCUGCUUUCAACACACGAGGACCGUGGUGGACAAGAUAUUGGCGGCCAAGUUCUUCCGAAGAUGGGAGACGCAUGUGCUGUGUUUGUUGGAAGACCGCGUUGUGUCCAAAACUCCUUCAGGUCUCCUGGAGAAUCCGCUAACGUACAGCAACAUGCAGGAGGUGUACUGCAUAUCCCGGUGGGACCUCGCCAGGAAAUACUGUCUACGCAUCGUCAUGUCUAAUGGAUCUCUUUUAUUACAAGCAAACGACGCGUACACCCGGGAUCAAUGGUAUUACUCAAUAAUAUGGCGAAGAAAUAUGAUAAGAUAUAAGAAUUUCCUAACUAAGACUGCGCGAAAAGAAGUCGUUCUAAAGGAGCUAAAGAACAUGGUCGACUUUGCGAUGACAACUCCGCUGCAAGACGAAAGCGUGACUCGUGCUCCUCUACAGAUCCUAACUGACUUGCUAUCAGAGAACAAAGAGAGUCCUGACUGGGAAGAGUGGGCGGAGGCCGCGACGACGGUUGCGGCGCCCCUGCUCGCCGAGCGAUGCAUUAACGAGGAGCUCUGCACGCUGCUGGCCAGGCUCUGCCAGCGAAGGCCCAGGGCUGCGCCCCUGCCGGCUCUAGCGCCCGCGGUACGGAGGGUCCUGACAAGGAACGUCGACUUCGGGAAGGCUCCUAGCGCGAGACAGUUCGUGAAGGAUUAUAUACGUGCUCUCAGCGCGCACAACUCGGGCGACAGCCUGGUGCGGCGGUUCGUGGAGGUGACCCACGGUAACCGCGCCGCCUGCCCGCACCCCCGCGCCGCGCCCAACCUCGCCGCCGUCACCCUGGCCGCCAUAGACGACUACUACAGAUACCACCUGGCGCUCCACGUGUGCGAGGACAAGGAGCAGGAGGUCAUGUGCUUCGCUGACAUCCUGGUACAUAUGUGCGAAUACGAGGACUGGCUAGUCGUAGUCGGCAGUCUUCUCCAACCUGUGCCGUUCUGCCCCGCGGCGCUGGGCUGCCCGCGUCUCGCUCAGCCGCUGUCGACGGUGCUGAGUCGCCUGGCCCACGACAGUCGGUGUGCCGUCCAUACGUGUGUGAUACCCAGCCGGGCCGCCCGCCCAUACCCGCCCUCGUGGCUCCGUGCGGUCUCCCCGUCCGAACCCAUACUCAAACUGCCACAUAAACAGCUGUGCCAGCUGUGGGGUGAUAUGUUACAAAUGUUGCUCAACUGCUGCUGUAAAAGAAAGAGUUUCCUGCAAAGUAUGAGUAAGCAGCUGCCGGACUUCGUAAUAGUGGCCAUGACUGAACAUCCGGCAGCGCUUGAGGGUCUCUGCCUGAUGCUGGAGUGGGAGAUCACAAACGGGGAGCAGACGCAGCUCGAGAUCAUCGCCGCGCUGCAGGGAACAGACGCCGGACAGCAACACUACAGAGACCUGUGCGAGCGACAGCAGACGCUGCAGAAACUGCAAGCGCCGGGCGGGCCGACGCGGUUGGCGCUGCCGGUGCGGGCGACGGACGCGGACGUGGCGGCGUUGCUAGAAGGCGGCGCACUAGGCAACCUCGAGUGCCUCAGCCUCGCCUUCACCAGUGUAACCAGCGCAUGCGCACACCAUCUCAUCAAGCUCCCGUCCCUCCGCUACCUGAACCUGUGGGCGACGCAGUUCGGCGACAGCGGCGUGCAGUUGCUGGCUGAACACCUACCUCGCCUGCAGGUCCUCAAUCUAUGUGAGACCCCCGUCUCAGAUAAGGGCGUUGAGGCGCUUUACGGCUUAUCGAGUCUACGUCGCAUAAACCUGAACAGCACGAAGUUGUCUGCGGGUGCGUUCGAGGUGUUACGUCAGCGCCUGCCCCACCUGCAGGAGUACGACGUCAGGUACACUGAGGCCUGGUGACCGUCCCGAAUCCGGCGCCACCGCCAAACGGGUUCACACGUUACCAGGAUGGACUACGUGGGGGACGACUCCCACUGGCUAAAGUUUGAUCUCGAACUAUAGACGCCAUCUUGUUUAGCCGCCAUCUUGUUUUCAAUAUUUUCAAGUUUUUUCACAGCUAUCUUAUAAGGCUUUAUGUUCCAACGCCUUUUGAUAUAAAAAAGAUAAAAUAUAAACAAACUCCAUUUUGUACACGCGUCAAUUGAUAGGUAAUGUGAGAAUGCCAUUGAGAUACAAAGAAAUAUCAACUUGCAUUAUUGCGGUUUUGAAUUUGGAUGCAUUUCAGUGCAUUUAUCGUAGAAUCGUUAUACUUUUAAAUGUGUAUAAGUACGUCCAUGCAUAAUAAUAUUAUUGUCUUUGUCUUAUAGAAAUACACGUUUAAGGUACAGUCAAUAUCAGAAGCAUGUUUGAAUUUAAUCUCGAUUAUUAAUUAAUAUGUGUCACUAAAUUAUCUAGUACAUGUAUAUUGUUUAAGAAACUACUUAUACAAUUUUUGGCUAAAUGAAUGAUAAUAAGUAAUGUAUAGAUAUUUAUUGUGUAAGAAAUAGUAGAUAUUAUGUCUGAGAGAAAGUAAAUUUAAUGCCAUUAACUUUGUCUACAUAUUUAAAAUGUAAUUAAUGGGUAACUUUUUUCUAACAAAAUCAACAAUACGCUGCCUAGAUUCGAUUUGACCAAUAUUGUUAUAAUUAAUAUUGUUAUACUUAUUACUUAUAUAUUUAUAAAGUAACACUUAGCCUAAAUGUUUAAAAAUAUUUAGACAGAGGUGCUUUAAUAAAAUGAAAAUGAGACGUUUACACUCAUGUUCGUAAUAUAUAAUAUUGUGAAGUUCUUUUGUGUCCCAUAAUUAAAGAAAUUUUUAAAACCUUCGAAAUAUCUCUUUUAAAAAGAUACAUACUUAAUUAUAUGUUGCAUUGUCAAUAUUCGAUGUAUUGAGUAUUGACUGAGAUACAUAUAACUGCUAUGUUGAGUAAGACAAACGAUAUUAUACAACUAUAGUCUGUCAAAAGAAUGAAGAAAUUAAUAAUUUCUUCACUUUCUUGACGGACUACAGGUACCAAAAUUUUCAGACGGAAGGUACAAUAACGAGUCUAUAAUUAUUUUAAUUGCACAGUGAUGUUUAUAUAUUUCCACAGUUUCAAUUUGAAAUGAAAGAAUGUCUGCCAGUUAUAUUAGUAAAGGUCAAAGGGUUAUUAUUUUUAUAUUUAUAUAUUUACUAAAAUAUGAAAAUAAUAAGCUUACGUCUUAGAUAAUAAUAUAAUCUAAUAAUCCCAGUUUUAACGGCCAUAAGUAUUAUGUAAAUAUAAAAUAAUAUUAAGUAAGUACUAUGCUAUUGUAACUAUUAAAAUAUUGAUGUACCUAACUUAAUAUCACCAAUGGUUUCAAUUAUUGUCGUUUAAUGAAUACGCUUCUAUAUUUAAUAUUAAAAUAAGAUCGUACUGUUUAUUGGGCUGUGAGAUCGAUAAAAGUUUGGUAAUGAACCGUAUACGAACGACCAAGGUAAUAGCGUCAAAUAGAUAAAACAACUUUCGAACCUUAAAUAAAAGACUUAUUUUAUUUAUGUAUUUGGCGCUGAAUGUACCUCGCUAAGUAUCAAGAGCGCUCUGAAGUUAGCUAUAAGUCGCUGUCAAUUUAGGUAACCUUUAAAAUUAAAAACAAAAUGUAUAACUUGAGCAUUGUGUUAGUAGGCUUAAAUGGCAAGUUACACUACCAAUUGCUAUAUUUAGUAAGUAAAUGUUACAGUACUUAUGCAAUUCGUUCAAUAUCAACAUAGGUGCAUGAAAUUUGUGUCUUUAAGGGUUUUUGAAUGUGUGUUACAUAGCUCGAUGAUGAUGUAUUUAAACUAUAAAAUAUUUAAAGCAAAAUUCAGGAUACUUUAGUGAUCUCAUUUUUUCUUCCCCCGAUUCAGGAACUUAAUUUUGAAUACCCUUGAUAUAAUAUUUGUGUAGAUUUUAAAAGUACCAACCACAUAAUUAGAAUAGCAGAAAUUUUUGUUCGGCCUAUGGGGCCGUUGCUUUGUACUAAGAUAGAUAAUUUAAGUAUCUAACUAUAUUUGUGUGCAUACUUCUAAAUAAGAACCUAGAAAAUGUUUUGGUUAGCAAUAUACAUCUAAUAUUAUAUUUACAAAAGUGUAAUCAUUACCAACUAGUAAUUAUUAGAUAAUUUCUUACUGUUUAUUUAUUUUAUGGGAUGUAAAUAUUAGUACUUACUUUAAUGUUCAAUAUUAAAAUAUAAAGAGUUUUUGUUUUGUAUUUCUUGAAAUUUUUAUAAGGUACUUACUAUUUAAAUUACUCAUUACCUAUUUAUUACUUAGGAGUUAUGACGAGGCUACUCUUUCAAAUAAACAGUCAGAAAGUUCUUUGUUGAAUAUACCUUGCUGCUGACUGCUGUAUCAUAGGUACUCUUGAGUACUCUGAAGUUAGCACAGAUAAACAUGUUCAAAAACGAUUUUAUAAUAAUAUUUCCCUUUGUUCUUUUUUAGCGAUGCAGAAAAAUGAAUAAGUACCUAUCAUUUUAAAAAUAUUAAAAAAAAAUUGUGCAAUAAUUUAACAUAAGAAUGGAGUACUCUUCUCUUCUUUCAUUAUAGUUUAUUUUGUAAGAGAAGGAAUAUUUUUGACACU